AUGCCAAUUGGUACGCGGAUCCAAGAGGGUGAAUCUGCGUAUGAGAGAGAUGAUUUAGUCACUGCACUGUUAAACGCUAAUGCUGCACUUCAAGAGAACCAAGAUUCAUUCAAAGCACUUCUACUAAGAAGCCGCAUUUAUUUGAGAUCCAAAAAAUACGAUCUUGCUCUUGAAGAUGCCAAUAAACUGGUUCAAAUUGCCCAAAAUAAUGGAAAACGGGAAGAUCUUGCUACCUCUUAUAAACAGAAAGCAAUUGUGCUGUUUCGACAGAAACAAUUCUCCGAGGCUAUGGAAAAUAUAAACGAAGCUUACAACCUUAAUAACAAGGACGCCGAAUGUUCGAUGUUCAAAACCAUGAUAGGAAAAAAACUUCAAUCAGAUGCGGAUCUUUCUGUCAAAAGCCCUGCCUCUUCGAAAGGGAAGCCUUUGCCCCAACAGACUUCUAAAGAGAAACCCAAAGUGGACUGGUAUGAUUCCAAAGGCAUGGUUAACGUUUCAAUUUACGUUAAGAAUAUACCUCCCACAACUUUGAAGGUUGAUUUUCAAGAGACAUCAGUGAGUGUUGAUUUCAAAACAAGUGAAAACACCAACUUUAGUUAUUCUUUGGAUCCGCUAUAUGGCUCAAUACUUCCCUCCAAGUCAUCCUUUAAAGUUUUUGGAACUAAAUUGGAAUUAUAUCUUGCCAAGGAAACGGAGGAAAGUUGGAAAGCUUUAGAAAAAGUGGAAACUGAUACGGCUCCAGAACAAGAGACUCGUCCCACGACUUUUGACUAUCCAUCUUCCUCUGCAAAGAAAGUCAACUGGUCAGAGUUCAAGGUAGAUGAUGCCGAAGAAGACUCUAAUCAAGAUCCGGAUGCGUUCUUCAGGAAACUUUACCAAGGAGCAGACGAUGAUACCAGGAGAGCCAUGAUGAAAAGUUACUUGGAGAGCAAUGGUACGACUCUCAGCACAGAUUGGAAGGAAGUCAGUCAGAAAAAGGUGGAUAUUGCUCCACCUGAUGGUGUGGAUCUUAGGGAUUGGUAA